AUGGAGAAGAAGCGGCAUACGGUCAUUGAGGGUGGGCGUCAUAGGUUCCGCGCGCCCGACCCGAGGCUUUCAGCUUCAGACCCAAUGAGAGGCCUACCCCGCCGCAUUGACCAUGCUCUGGCGAUGCCGCCAGUCUGGGCACACCUCACAUUGAUAGGCGUUGCAACGUGUGGCCGUCGUCGACGCGGCUCCGAAGGUGACACCGCAAACGUCGAUGAUCGACGCGCAGGGAACUCCAGGGCCAGGAAGAGCGAUCGGAUGGUCCUGCGGUUGAGUUCGGACGCCCUAGAUACGUGCCUUGCUCAACAUCAUCUCGCCUCAUGUCGUAGUUUUGCGCGAGCAUACCGGUCCCACCCAUGA